AACACAGUUGUCAGUUGACGGACUAAAUUCCACGGUGGCGGGCUAGCUAAGUAUUUUAAUUGUAGUUUAAUUCAAAAUAUCGUGUAGACAUACAAGUAUUACUGAAAAUAUAAUUAUGUAGGUCCGUGUUCCGUUCAAAGUGCUGUUCAGUGUGUUUAAGUGAUACUUUUAAAUAGUUUUCUGUGAUGUCAAGUUGUUAAAGUAACGGUAUUGAAGUGCUGUGAACUGUGGUUUGCAUGAAUUUGAACACACCUAGAAAGAAGCCCGUUUUUUGAAUAAAGACCAGGAUGCAACAUUUUGUGUGAUUUUUGACUGUCCAUAAAUAAGAUAACCAAAGAUGGAGACACGGUGGGAGUUGAUCGUGAUAUGGGCAGCGCUGUGUGUUGUCUCAGGGUCUGCCAACAUGCUGCCAUACUUCACGCAGGACAUGAACAACCUCGCGCUGUCUGAGAGCACGCCGGUCGGGACUGUGGUCUACACGCUGCAGGGAGUCGACCCUGACGGGCUGCCGAUGAAAUAUAGUUUGGUGGGAACAGACAAGUUUUCCGUGGACCCUUCGACUGGCGAAGUCACGUUAGAUCGACCUUUGGAUAGAGAGGUGGAAGACACGAUAAAGUUCCUAGUAUCGAUAGAGGACCAGGACCCUGACGGUGUGCAGAACUUGGUGCAGUCACAGCCGGUCACUGUCAUUGUACUGGACGAGAAUGAUAACCCACCUAUAUUUAAAAACAGUCCUUAUGAAGUGGAUGUGCCAGAAGACGAAGUGGUAGGGACUACGAUCUUGAGGAAUAUCCAGGUGGAAGACAAGGAUUAUGUGGGAGAUAACCUAGAAGUCGGCUGUGUGCCGAAUGAACAGUGGCCCGAAGCGUGUGAAACGUUUGAGAUAGUGACCCUGAACUCAACAGCUCACCAAUACAGCGGCGCGCUGGUGCUGCGAAAACCGCUUAACUAUAAUGAGAGACAGUUCUAUCAGUACCAGUUGUAUGCUACCGACGGGUCUCUCAACUCCACCGCUCACGUGGAGAUCAAGGUAGUGGACGUGCAGAACUCCCCUCCCGUGUUCAGCGGCUCGCUGUCGGCGGCGCUGGCGGAGGACGCGGCGGUGGGCGCGCUGGCGCUGCGGCUGCGCGCGCGGGACGCCGACCGCGCCGCGCCCCGCCCCGUGCUGCUGGACCUCGUUACUAAUCCUUUAGACUUCUUCCUGCUAGACAGCCAAACAGGUGAACUAAGAACUGCCAAGCCGUUAGACAGAGAAGCUUUAGCUGAUCCUUCAUCACCGCUAAAUCUCACUGUUAGAGCUACAGAAAUCGUAAACGGCGUGCCUCUAAUAUCGGACCUGACGUCAACACUCGCGACGGUGACUAUUACUAUAAAGGACGUGAACGACGAGCCGCCGCGGUUCAACCGGCGCGAGUACAGCGUCGACAUCCCCGAGAGCCUGCCCAGCGGGACGCCCAUACCCAACCUGGACAUGGUGGUCACCGAUACUGAUGUGGGUCUGAACUCUGUAUUCUCUCUCCGGCUGUCGGACGAGAUGGGCGCCUUCAUAGUGGAGCCCGCCACCGCCACCGGCAGCGCCAGCGUCACGCUGCGGCUCAACUCCAGUCUGGACUACGAGGACCCCAACCAGAGGAAGUUUAUCUUGGAGGUGAUAGCCGAAGAAGUCCACACAUCCCCCAAGCUGUGGUCGAAGGCGAGCGUGACGGUGUCGCUGUGGGACGUGAACGACAACGCGCCGCAGUUCCCGGACGAGCCCUACUCCUGCAGCGUGGCCGAGGCCGCGCCCGCCGGGGCCCGGGUGGCGGCCGUGCGGGCCACGGACAGGGACACCGGCAGGUACGGUACAGAAGGCAUAGUGUACGAGUUGUCAGGUAACGGCGCGGAGUUGUUCCGCGUGGACAACCGCAGCGGCAUCAUCAGCGUGGCGCCCUGCGACACGCCCGGCAAGGCGCCCUGUCUCGACUACGAGGACAGGAAGGACUACUUCCUGCAGUACAAGGCAACAGACGACGACGGCGCCGGUCAGGUGACAGUGGUCUCCCUACAGAUAUCCCUGACGGACUCUAACGACAACCCGCCCGUGUUCAACACGCCGGUAUACAAGGCCUCCAUCGACGAAGAUGCUGUUAAAUUUGAACCGGAACUGCAGGUGCAAGCCCGCGACAUAGACGCGACAUCAGACAUCCGCUACUCCAUCGUCUCGCCUGACACACAUCCGUUCUGGAUCGACCCCAUCAACGGCAAGAUCUCCGUCAGAGCUGACACCGGCGGCGUCACACCGCCCAAGGAUACCAACAAAAUUAUGUUGACUGUGCUGGCGACAGAUGGCGUCCACAAUACGACCUGUCGCGUCGAGAUCGCGGUGCGAGACGUGAACAACCACGCGCCCGUGUUCGAUACCGACAAGUAUGAUGCUGAUAUCUCGGAAGAUGCUCCUAUAGGAACGGAAGUAGCAGCGGUCCGCGCCACAGACCUGGACAGCGGUAUCAACUCCGAGCUGAAGUACUGGAUCCAGAAGGGCGCGCUCGACGCCUUCGCCAUACACAACGAUACCGGCGUCGUUAUCGUGUCCUCCAAACUAGACUACGAUAAGAGGAAUACCUAUAGGAUACAGAUUGUUGCUACUGAUUUAGGAAUUCCCAGCUUAACGGGCACAACUGAGUUGACAGUCCACGUGAUUAAUGUGAACGACAAGAAGCCAUACUUCACGCCGUCCAUACAGCGGGCAGAGGUAUCAGCAGACGCCGAGCUCGGGGCCCUGGUACAUAACCUGGAGGCCGUCGACCCGGAUAUCACGGAUAACGGGCAGCUGGUGUUUGAGAUGGGUGAUAGGGUGAUCCGGGCGGUUGAUAAUAAUGGGAAGGAGGUAUCAGACGAAGGGAUCUUCGGGUCCUGGUUCUCAGUCCUGUCCAACGGCAGCGUCACAGUCUCCCAGAAGCUGGACCGCAGCCGCGCGGCCGUCCUCACUUUACCCGUGAGGGUCACUGACGCGUCCGCACCUACCUUGCAACAGGCUGAUGGUGAGCUGAUCAUAACCCUGGUGGAUGUGAACCGGCACGCGCCAGUAUUCACCCAGCCCUCGUACCUGGAGAGCCUGCCGGAGGACCAGCCCCCAGGGUCACCGCUCGCCACCUUCUCCGCGACUGACGCUGACGGACCCAUCGCUGCUAUUGUCAUACACCCCCCCAGCCCUUACUUCGAAAUUGAUAAUGUUACUGGCCUUGUAAAAACCUCUCAACGAAUCGACUACGAGAAGGUCCACUCUAUAAACUUCACUCUAAUCGCGUACGACUCGGGCGUCCCUCAACUGAGCACCUCAGCGGGGGUCACAGUGCACAUCGUCAAUGUGAAUGAUGAGGAGCCGGUGUUCGCGGCCAGUGCUUACGAUGCGGCCGUGCCUGAACACUCGCCUGUCGGGACUAGUGUGCUCACUGUUACUGCUGUGGAUAAGGAUGAAGGCGAAUUUGGCGAGAUCACGUACAGUUUGUCCGGCAACCUGUCAUCACUAUUCACCAUCGACCCCAUCACCGGCGUCAUCACCGUGGCUGACGGGAACAUUGACCGCGAGGUGACCACCGACAUCUGGCUGCGAGCGGUCGCUGCCGACCAUGCGCCUGCGCAUGUCAGGCGGACUACUAGUGUGCCUGUCCACAUAAAAAUCCAAGACAUAAACGACCAUUCACCAGUCUUCAGUCAGAAGGUGUACAAGAGCACGAUUGCUGAGAACCUGCAGCUGAACCCCCCCGCCGCGAUCCUGCAGGUGUUGGCUGAUGAUAAGGACGAGGGGCUCAACGGGAAGAUAGAGUAUAGGAUUGUGGAGCAGAGUGAACCAGGAGUAUUCACAGUAGAUCCCUCCAACGGUAUCAUAUACCCCGCGAAGCCGGUGACCGGGAACACGUCCUACCACCUCACGGUAGCCGCUACCGACGAGGCCGGCGCAGGCCCACACGUGGACACCGCCAGAGUGGACAUAUCUGUGCUCAGUGUUAACAGACACAGUCCCGUGUUCACACAUCCCCCACCCGAGCAGAGGCAGUUGGAGAUACCCGAGAACGCAGCCCAAGCUGACUACUUAAUAACAGUAAUAAAGGCUACUGAUGAGGACAGCGGUGAGAACGGCCGGGUGUCUUAUUACCUGAAGGUGGACAACCAGAACGUGGGCGAGACUCCCGAGUUCAGCCUUGACCCGGACAGCGGCGAGCUGAGGACCAAGACCUUCCUGGAUAGAGAGCAUAUGGCUGAGUAUCAGCUUGUAAUAGCCGCAGUGGAUAACGGCACUCCUGCGCAGUUCGAGAGCCUGCGACUGCUGACCGUGGUCUUAGCUGAUGAUGAUGAUAACACUCCGAAGUUCUCAUCACCUCUCUACCAGUUUAGCAUCCGGGAGAACUUGUUGCCAGGAGUUAUUGUUGGCACGGUGAAGGCUACAGACAAGGACUCCGGCGACAACGGCAAGGUGUACUACCACGUGCUGGAGGGCAACCAGGAGGGCGCCUUCACUGUCGACAGGACCCAGGGAGUCAUCCGGGCUAACGUCAGCUUUGAUAGGGAAAAGCAAUCAGACUACACAUUCACUGUAUACGCGAGCAACAACCCCAUCCUAGAACACGCGGCCGCCAUACUGAACACGAUCGACAACGCGACGGACGGCCAGGAGCCCAGCGUCAGCGUCGUGCGGGUCAAGGUGCUGGAUGAGAACGAUAACGAGCCCAAGUUCCAGGAGAAGGUGUAUUAUGCUGGGAUAAAACACACGGCCCGCAUCAACGAGCCCAUCAUCCCGGUGAUAGCAGAGGACCCUGACUUAGAGGAGAAUGGCACCCUGGUGUACAUGGUGGCAGCCUCAAACUUGUACAAGUUUGGAGCCUCGCAGUCUAGUGGGAGCGUCGUGCCGUCGCCCUUCAAUAUCAGUCAGGAUGGUGUACUGACAACAGCUCACUACAUGGCAGAGUACAACCAGGAUCGGUUCGUGUUGGACAUCAUCGCACAGGAGCUAGCGCCGCCGCAUCGACAGGCCAAAGCACAAGUAUACGUAUGGAUAAUAGACCGCUCGUCCCUGCUGCGCAUGGUGGUGUCCCGCAGCUGCGCGGCGGCCGGGCCGGGCGCGGCGCGGCGGCUGGCGGGCGCGGCGGCCGCGCUGCUGGUGCCGGGCCGCCGUCUGCCGCUCGUGCAGGCCGACACCAAGUACGACGACUGGUGCGAAAUCCACCUCCACGCGGUAGACCCGAAAACCUACCAAGUAUUACCCGUGGAGAAGGUUCUAGAAGCGAUCGACUCGAAGUACGACGAGCUGAAGGAUGUGUACCAGGAGUACGGCGUGGAGACACUCAUAGCGGCCAGUGCGGCGUCCACAGCUCCAGACAGUUUCGAUCCAGCUCUAGCGGCUUUAAUAGCGUUACUUAUUGUGCUAUUCACUGGCAUCGUCACAUUCAUCGUCGUGUGCGCAUGUCUUAAACAUUGGGUAAUACCACCGCCGUCCCUCCAAUCCAGUAAAGGAGACAGUCUAGCCAGGCGGCGGAUCUUGGAGGAACUGUCCACAACUGAGAACCCGCUGUGGCUGGAGACCAAGCUACGGCCCUAUGAGGAGCAGGAGCUCACCAUGAACGUGUUCGGAGACCAGAACGAACAGCCGCCAGCUGAACCGGCGCCGACGGACAACACAUACGCGACGAUACAAGGUAGUCGCACGACCGAGCGGUUUGGGGACUACGCCACGCUCGGCGGAGACUCGCCCACACCACUAGAAGCUGCUCUAGGAUUUCAGGGCAGUACAUUCAAGCCGCCGUCACCAGACACGCCUGAGCCUCCGCCCAGACCCUCAGGGUUGGGAGUACUCUGAUGAUACGUAAUAAUAAUAUGGUGUUUGUUUUAUAAAUAUGAAGAUAAUUGUAAAUAUACGGUAACAAGUUAGUGCAUGUUGGCAAUGUAUUAUAAACAAACCCAUUUUACUUGUAAUGUAACAUUGAUACUCGCGUUGUAACCAAAUGUUACAAUUUGAGUAAGAUGUUACAAAAUGAGUAAUUAUUGUGAAUUCAUGUAAGACUGUUUGAAAAUAUGACUUAUAUAUUUUUGUUACCAUUUUAUAUUCAAAACUUCUGUAUAAUACAUUGACAACGUCCAGUUAUGUGAGUUAGAAACAAAUUAUUAUGUUAUAUCACUAUAAUGUUAUAUAGUACAAGUAUUUUUGUUUUGGGUUUAAGAGUAUUUAUAUGAAGACUGGUUACGCCUUGCGAUGCUGCCCAAGGUUUUGUCAGAUCAGUAAACUUUGUUCGUCUAACGAAAAUAUAAAUUUCCUGAUCAAAUUGCUAAACAAAUACUCGUGCACCAUUUAUGAAUCUUAACGACCUUUAUUUUUCUGCCUUGUAUCUGUCACGUAAGUACCCAAAACGAAAAAGCUUGAAAUCCAGUAGAUUCUCAAAAGCGGGGCAACGCAAAUCUUCGAUGGAUUAAAAGUCAAAAUAGUCUACCAAGUAGCACUUUUUGAACGUCACAAAAUACAAUACAUGUACUAUUCUGCUUGCCUUAUACUGAUGACGAUUCUUAACGACUCUAUACUCCAUCAAGAAACUAAUAAAGAUGCGUCGAAGGAGAUUGAAUUGUCGGCUGUUUGAGUCUUGCGAUUGCCCCGUACAUGAGGGAACUAAGAAAUACCAUUUCUAAGAUUAUAUUUCUGUAAUAUUUAUACUUUAGAACCGUGUUGAAUCUCAUUAUAUCUUAGCCAAUCUUUAGUUUAUUCUAGUUUUUAAACUAAAUUAUUUUCGCUAACUUUCUUGAGUAUGUGUGCAAUACUACCUAUUUUUGAUAUAGGUAUUACACAUAUUGCCAUAUA